AGUCGAGCCGGGCAAGUGGCUGGCCGCUGCUGCCGGAACGAUGGCGGUUUGAAAGUUUAACCGUCGCAACUGCCUUUCUAACCGUCACACGUUUAAAAGGCGUCAUUACAGCCAUGGAGCCGUCGGCGCCGAAAAGCAAGUUGAAAAAACUGAGUGAAGACAGCCUUACUAAGCAGCCUGAAGAGGUUUUCGAUGUAUUGGAAAAACUUGGUGAAGGAUCUUAUGGCAGUGUUUUUAAAGCAAUCCAUAAAGAAUCUGGCCAAGUUGUUGCCAUAAAGCAAGUGCCAGUGGAGUCCGACCUACAGGAAAUUAUUAAGGAAAUUUCAAUAAUGCAACAAUGUGAUAGAUCAAGCCCACUGAAUUGAAGUAGAAGAGCUGCAACAUGGGUUCAGAACAUCUGUCUUUGAUCGCUUGCUGUUCUUUCUCAGUGCUUCUCUUUCGAAGAUACAUUUUGAAACUGUGCUUAUGUAGUGAAUUACUAUGGCAGCUAUUUUAAAAAUACUGACCUCUGGAUAGUUAUGGAAUAUUGUGGAGCUGGAUCUGUUUCUGAUAUUAUCCGACUACGAAACAAAACUCUCAUAGAAGAUGAAAUAGCAACAAUUCUCAAAUCCACCUUAAAAGGGCUGGAAUACCUGCACUUCAUGAGGAAAAUUCACAGAGACAUCAAAGCUGGAAAUAUCCUAUUGAAUACAGAAGGGCAUGCAAAGCUUGCGGACUUUGGCGUUGCAGGCCAGCUGACAGAUACAAUGGCAAAACGCAACACUGUGAUAGGAACGCCGUUUUGGAUGGCUCCAGAAGUGAUCCAAGAAAUUGGCUACAAUUGUGUUGCAGAUAUCUGGUCUUUGGGAAUCACAGCAAUUGAAAUGGCAGAAGGCAAGCCGCCCUAUGCAGACAUUCAUCCAAUGAGGGCUAUUUUUAUGAUUCCCACCAACCCACCACCAACAUUCCGGAAGCCAGAGCUCUGGUCUGAUGAGUUCACAGAUUUUGUCAAGAAGUGUCUGGUGAAGAAUCCAGAGCAAAGAACUACUGCCACGCAACUCUUGCAGCACAAUUUCAUUAAAAAUGCCAAAUCUGUGUCAAUUCUGAGAGAUUUAAUCAUUGAAGCAAUGGAAAUUAAAGCAAAAAGACAUCAGGAACAGCAAAGAGAGCUUGAAGAAGAAGAUGAGAACUCAGAUGAAGAUGAAGUGGAUUCUUACACCAUGGUGAAGACUAGUCAUGUGGGCACAGGCACCAUGAGGGCAACCAGUACCAUGAGUGAAGGUGCCCAAACCAUGAUUGAACACAACAGUACAAUGUUAGAGUCAGACCUGGGGACCAUGGUAAUUAACAGUGACGAAGAUGAAGAAGAUGGGACCAUGAAAAGGAAUGAUGCUCCAGAACAGCUGCAAAGACCAGCCUUUAUGGAUUAUUUUGACAAACAGGAGAAAAAUACUAAUCCUCUGGGAAAUUGUAACCAGAAUCUGCAAGAGCCUUUUCACAAAUCAAAAAAUCCUUUCCCUGAUAAUUGGAAGGUACCACAAGAUGGGGACUUCGACUUUUUGAAAAACCUGAGCUUUGAAGAAUUACAGAUGAGAUUGAGUGCACUGGAUCCAAUGAUGGAACGAGAAAUUGAGGAUCUGCGCCAAAGAUACCAGGCUAAACGGCAGCCCAUUCUGGAUGCCAUGGAUGCCAAGAAACGAAGACAGCAGAACUUCUAGCUGAAUUCAUCAGACAUCCAACUCUCAUCCAACAGAACCUACCCAAACUGUCCUGGGUAACAUAGCCUGUGUUAUAUCUUUACUGUCAGCAAUGCACUCUCUAAUUUGUUUCUGUAGUGAGUGGGUGAUUAAGUGCACGGGGCCUUUACUCUUCACUUGCCUGGCUGUGCACAUAUAGUAACUUAAAGGGACCGACUUGUGCUCGGCCUGUGCCGGAACUUUUGGGUUGUUGCGUGGCCAUGCACCUGUGCAGCUUAGAAGAAGCAUUGACUGUCAGAACAAUUAAUGAACCAAAAAUAUUCAAACACUGGUAGAAUCAUGUUAAUUAUGAUCUGCAGUUCAUCCCAUAGGCAUUGAAGCAAACAGUUUUAAUAGCAAUGUACUGUAUGUCCUUUCUUUUUUAGCACUACUUGUUUUUUUUAUCUCCACAGCUUAAAAUUAUAUAAUGUAAUUGUAAAUCAGUUUAGAACAUAACACAUCAUUGACUUAGGUAAUUACUUUAACAGCCUCAAAUACAACAAAGAUGGCAAUAUUUGUGACCAGCACAAAAUACCGAUGUAUGCUGUUUGAGCUUGCCUUGAUAUCAAGAAACACCAUUAUAAGUCUGAAAAGAUUAAAACUUAACCUGAGUCGUAAA